AUGUCGUUCAAAGGUUUUACAAAAGCUGUCGCCAGAGCACCCCAGUCUUUUAGGCAAAAACUGAACAUGGGUCAGCAGACUGUUGAUCCUGUUUAUGAGGAUGCUGAUCGUCGUUUCAAGGAAUUGGAAUCGGAAACGAAGAAGUUGAGCGAUGAGUCAAAGAGAUAUUUCAAUGCCGUGAACGGUAUGCUAGAGCAUCAAAUUGGAUUUUCUAAGGCAAUGUCGGAAAUUUUCAAGCCAAUUAGUGGUAAGAUGUCCGAUCCCAAUGCCGCUGUGCCAGAAGACAAUCCAGAAGGUAUUGAAGCGAGUGAGCAGUACAGUGCAAUUGUUUCUGAGUUGCAAGCUACUUUAAAGCCUGAUCUAACUCUGAUUGACGAGAAAAUUGUUAAACCAGCACAAGAGCUUUUGAACAUUAUUAAUUACAUUAGAAAGAUGUCCACCAAGAGAAACCAUAAAAAGCUAGAUUUGGAUAGGAGCUUGAACACGUACAACAAAUAUGAACAAAAACAGAAUCCAACGCCAAAGGAUGAGGAGAAAAAAUAUAAAGCCGAGGCUCAAGUCGCCGUAAUGCAACAAGAAUACGACUACUACAACGAUAUGUUGAAAACUGAAUUACCUAUACUUUUCCAAUUGGAAUCAGAGUUCGUGAAACCAUUAUUUGUUUCAUUCUACUACAUGCAAUUGAAUAUCUUCUACACCUUAUACAACAGGUUCCAAGACAUGAAGAUCCCAUACUUUGACCUGGAUACUGACAUCUUGGAGGCAUUCCAAGCUAAAAGAGGCAACAUUGAAGAGCAAACAGAUGCACUAACCAUUACUCAUUUCAAGCUGGGAUACUCGAAGGCCAAACUAGAUUUAACCAGAAGAAGAUAUGGUGCUACUGACGACUCAAGUCCUGGAAGUCCAAUGAGCCCACCCGCAUACGGCCAAACAUACGGUCAGCCUGAACAGCCACAACAGAUGGGCUAUGACUCAAAACUACAACAGCCGCAACAGCAACAACAGUAUCCAAUCGGAGGUGUUGCAGGUGCCGCUGGUAUCGCAGGAUACAAUUCGGUGCCCACCACUGCGACCCAGGCAUCAUACACUCCUCCCACUAGUGCAGGAGUGGAGACAUGUACCGCUUUAUACGAUUACACGGCCCAAGCCGAAGGUGAUUUGACGUUCCCUGCUGGUGCCAUAAUCCAAGUCGUGGAUCGUUCCGAUGCAGCAGGAUGGUGGGUCGGUGUCUACAAUGGCGUCCAAGGUGUAUUCCCUGGGAACUACGUCGAACUAUCGAAACAAUAA